UAGUAGUAUAGUAUGUCAUGUAUCAGAGGAUAAACUGGACUAUAAGAGACACGUCAACAUUUACUCGGUCUCUCAGAACAUGAGUCUCUUUCAGAAACUUUUCGUGUUGGGGUGUUUUUCAUUUUUAGCUUGGUUUUUAUUCUGGAGUUCGUUCAAAAUUGGUUACAAAGAACCGGAGUGCUUGUUAUUUUGCCAAGAUAUAGCAGGUAACAAACUUGCCGCUCCACGACCAAAAGAAAACCAAGCUUCUAUGGACGACUUUCUUGCUCUCCUUCAGGAUUGUCUAAAACCAACCAGUAUGAAGAUAAAUAAGUAUCGAGGAAGACUUAAUGUUCAUCGCUGGUUCGAUAGUUGUACAUGUGGAUAUUCUAUAGACAGAGCAAUGAGAAUCUACUCGAAAUUCCCAGCAGAACCAGAGUUCGAGUCUACCAUCAACAGUUCGGAAAUAAUAUUGGAUAGGAUGGAGUACAGUCAGCGAGUAUUUGGUUAUGUGACUCCCGAGAUAACAGGCCAAUACAGAUUUGCAGUAAGCUCAGAUGAUAACUCAGAGCUUUGGAUCAGUCGGGACUCCAGUCCAAGAAACGUAGAGCUGUUUGCAAGCGUUGGUGAUGUAAGUUAUAUAUUCAUCUCAAUAACGGUUAGUCACCUGCGAACCUACGAAGUUAAGACCGAAAAGGAUUGUGGGUAAAUACGUCUGACCAAUCAUCGGACUUUUC